AAACGUUGGGAUUGGUAGGUUAAGAAGUGGUAGGAAAAUUGGGAACUGGCGUGGUGGGAAGCAGUUGAUGAUGGCCGCCUGACAUUUGAGCAGUUUUUUGAUAAUUUCAUUUCGUUGAAAGUACGUCCAUGAGGCACGUUAUUCGCAUGCAUCAAUGAAACGAUAACUUGGUUACGAUUUAUUGAGGCAGGCGUUGUAUCGUUGAGGGGAAGAAGCUUGCUGCAAUUUGCCAAAUAUAUGUACGAAGGGUUGAAGGGAGGCUUUAUAAAUUUUGACAAAAUGAUUAAAACAGGAGAAGAUAGCGAAAACCAUGUUAUGUAUCAAAUAGUGGAAUUCAAAGGACAAGAAGACAAAUAUUCAGCUGAAUUAUUCACCAAUAACAUUACAGUCAUUCCUUCACCAGGAGGACACAAUCAUGGUAGUUCAAAGGUGAAGUUAAAAAAUGUUGUAGAUUUUACAUGGGCGCAUAACUUUUACCUAGGCCAAUUAUUAGCUGUUCACAUGUCAGGCAAAUAUUUUGCUUAUGGUAUAAAAGUCGGUAACGGAGGUGGUAUGGUCAGAGUUGUAUAUAAAGAACUAGAACAAAGAGCUCUAUUAAGAGGAAUGCGAGCUGCUAUACAAGAUCUGGCUUUUGCAUAUGUCUCAAAUGCAAUUUUAGCCUGUGUUGAUUAUCUGGGAAAUCUCUUCAUACACUCCAUUGAAUCGACACCAUCCGAAUUGUUAUGUAGUUUGUUACUACAAGUUGACGCAGAAGAUGUAUCUGUUACGAGUCAUCGUGUGAUAUGGUGCCCAUAUAUUCCUGAAGAAGUUCCAUCAGAUGGGGAUGAUAUUUCAAAGCUUUUAGUUCUAACUCGAGGUUCGAAAGUAGAGUUGUGGUCAGUCAAUACUGUUUCGUCAAGAUUCAGAUCAAUAGAGGCAAAUGACCCAGCUGUAAAGGAAAACGGCGGAAUGGUGGAAAUUGAUCAACAUUCAGACACAAUUGUAGAAGCAACAUUCAGCCCGGAUGGCACAGCUUUAGCUACUGCUAGUUUUGAUGGAGAAGUGAAAUUCUUUCAAGUAUACUUGCAUAGUAAUCCUCAUCCUAAUCAAAUACAACCACGUUGUUUACAUCAGUGGAGACCGCACGAUGGAAGACCUAUUUCGUGCUUAUUCUUCUUAGAUGAUCAUAAAACCUACCAUCCUGAUGUUCAGUUUUGGAGGUUCGCCAUAACUGGAUGCGACAAUAACACAGAAUUAAAAGUUUGGUCCUGUGAAUUGUGGUCUUGUUUACAAACGAUUACGUUUGCUCCGACACCUUCUACUGGUAAAUUACCAGUACUAAAAGCAGGUUUAGAUCUUAGCGCUGGCUAUCUCUUAUUAUCAGAUAUAUACAAUAAAGUUUUAUAUAUAUUAAGUAUAACAAAAGAUAAUGGGGAAGCGUUAGCAUCAGUGAAUACGAUAUCAGAGUUCCUUCUACCAUAUCCAAUACUAAGUUUCGGAAUCAUCGACGCUGGUUUACGUAAAGUACGCCCCAAUGGCGAAUUAGAAGAUCUAAAUCCUUGUGAUGAAGAAAGCGAAGAACAACUUGUUAUCACGAUGUAUCUAGUUCAACCAAAGUCGCUACAAGAGUGUCAUAUCGCUUUUAAGCCUGCUUCGCAAAUGAGUGGCAACUGUCUGAUGGACACAUCGACGCAUAAUUCGUUGGACUAUUCCGAAGAAUUGCCAGAAAUGGGAACUGUUAAUCAUAAUGGAAUUUCAGAAGAAAAUUGUGAAGAAGAUCGUUCGUUAUCUGCCACGAUCGAAACAGCAACGAAUCAUAACACUGGCUUAAAUCUAAUGACACCUGACGCCUUCAGUUCGCCAGCAAAAAAAGAAAAUAACGAAUUAGAUUCUCGUCCUAGUAGUCCAGAAAUGGAUAAAGUGCUAUCUGCCAGUCCCUCACUUGCACAAGCAGCGCAAGCUUUAAAUGCGACCGAACCGCCAUUAGCGACGAACGAGUUAGAAGAACAAGCACCUGCUAGUAGUGGUAGCAGCCCAUCCAGAGAAGUAAGGGAAAUUUUAUCUCUUUCGAAAGAUGAAGAAGUGGAAGCAGAAACUAAGCCAGAGCCUACCGAUGAAGACUGGCUUAAUAUUCCAAUGGUAUUAUUGCAAGAUGUGAGGCAUACGAUGCAGGAUGCUGACGAACUCACGAACGAAGAAGAGAAAAGGAAGAAGGUAAAAGAGGAAUCGAAGCAGACGAAACGCACUGAGAAGAAUGCGGAAAAUAGUUGGACAGUAAACGAAUUAAAUACUCUUGAAUUGUUAAAUCAAGUGGAUUCAAUGUCUGAAGUAAUUCAAGUUCAACGAGAAGAACUAAGAAAGUUACGUAGCGAAGUAACUAGAUUAAGACAAGAAGCACCUAUUUCUACACGAGUGGAAACUGCUUUGGCCAGAGCUUCGCAACAACAAAAUGCAACUUUGGAACAAACGUUAUGUAGUCAAAUGGCUCGCCUAGAUGAGUUCGUCAACUCGCUUGAAACAACAGUGAAAGAAAAAAUUGAAACCGUACUACCAUGCGUCGUUGAGAGUACAGUAGAACCAUUGAAGCAUCAACUUAGAUUAGAUUCCAUUCGAAUGGAUGACCUUUUAAAACAAAAUUUGACAGAACUAAUUAAUAGCGCUCAUAUAAAAGAUACAAUUGCUUUGGCAACGGCAAAUGCGGCAAAACCAGCUUUGGAAGCGGCAUUUAAGGAAACCUUUACUAGCGUUCUUUUACCUGGUAUGGAAAAAGCAUGCCAAACGAUGUUUAGACAAGUACAAGACGCUUUUGCCAGAGGUACUCAUGAAUAUCUUCAAAAUGUAUACGGAUUGGCAGAUAAGCAGUAUCAAGAACGAAACGAACAACAAAGCGAAGCGUUAUCUGCACUAGUCCGUGACGAAUUACAAACAGAACUUCAUAAAGGCUUGUCUGAACUGCAAGAGGGAACAAUACGUACAGUUCGCGAUGCUAUCAGAGAGAAUUUAAAUCAACAAUUUACUGAGAUUUCAAAUGCACGAUCACGAGCUACUACUCCUGCAAUACCAGUACCUGCAGUGGCUGAUGCUCAAGCACGAGUUCUAUCUCUUCUUCAAAGAGGACAAUUAAAUGCUGCCUUCCAGCAAGCUUUAAGUGCUAGUGAUUUAAGCUUGGUAGUGCUGGUUUGUGAGAAGACAGAGCCUGCCAGAGUAUUUUCUUGUGCAGGACCUCAAGGUACAAGGUGCAUUUUGCAACAACCUGUAAUUCUUUCGCUUGUACAGCAAUUAUCGGCAGAUUUGGGACACCGUACAGAACUUAAACACAGGUGGCUUGAAGAGGCAAUAUUAAAUUUAGAUCCUAAUGAUCCGGUGACACGAGAGCAUAUUGGCACUGUGUUAAUGACUUUACAAACACAAUUGGCUACUUUUGUAGCAGCAAAUCCAAAUCAUAAUUCUGCUCGGCGUAUGAGGAUGUUAGCUAUGGCUGCACGUGCACUUUUAAGUCAACAUCCUUGACGUAAUAUGCGUAUGGAAUAGAGCACGCCUAUUGGCAUAAGGUUUUAUUUUAUACGUUCUGUUUAAAGAAAUACUUUAAUAUUUGAGAGUAGUAUUCAUGUUACUUCAGUGCUUAAGACUGGCAGUGAUUUCUCAUCGAAUGCAAAAAUAUUAUAUUGUACUUUACUAUUAACAGUGUCACUUAGCUUCCCAAAACAUUUUUUCCUAAUUUUAUUUUAUGAAUGAAAUGUAUACGUUGACGGGAUAUUUGAGAGUUUACUGAAAAAAUUAUUUUCCUAAUAUUAAACAAAUAUAUAAAUAUUGUAUAGUAAUACAAUAUAAUUAAAAGGCAUGAUAUAUGAGAUUCGUUAAAAUAAAAGCAGUAUGACUAGCUUAAGUUAAUACUUAUCAGCAUUGAUCGACAUAACAAUUUUUAUAGGACGUAAAAAAAAAGUAUUUUUAUCUAUUGAUUAUAUAUUUUAAUAGAAUUUUCUAAUAUAAUUAACUUAUACUCUCUGAUUUCGCCCAAACGUUAGCUUUGUAAUCUACAAGUAAUGCAUUUCAUAACAUGUAUAAUACACAUUAAACUUUCAUACACUAAGAUGGAAUGUGGAAGAUAUUUUAUUGCUGUUUAAGUUGUAAACUUUGACGACUCUUUUGAAAGAGGUUUCUUUUUCGUAAGUUUUGUGUAUAAAGAUGUAAAAUUAUAUUGUGAAAUAUUUCUAUUUCA